AUGGCAACAAGAUACGCAAAGAGAUUACAAAAAGAAUUGAUGGAGUUACAGGUAUCACCACCAACUGGUAUCAGAGUGGAGGAAGCCAAUGACUUGUCAAGAUGGGUCAUUGGUAUUGAUGGUACCACUGGUUCGCUCUAUCAAGGCGAGAAAUUCAGCCUACAAUUCAGAUUCAAUGAUGGCUACCCAUUAGAGGCACCAGAGGUUAUCUUUAUCGGUAAACCACCUGUACAUCCACAUAUUUACGGAAACGGUCAUAUCUGUUUAUCAAUUUUAUACGAUCAUUGGAGUCCAGCAUUGACAGUUUUAUCAAUUUGUUUAAGUAUUUUAAGUAUGUUGAGUAGUUGUACUGAAAAAGUACGACCAGUAGACGAUUCUGUAUAUGUUUCGAGAGCCGUUGGAAAGAGUCCUAAAGAUACAAGGUAA